GCCAUUGACUGGUGCAUGAAAUUGAAUAACUUGUAUACAAAGGUUAUUCAAAGCGGCAAGGGCCCUAAUUGCACCAUAGACUGUAUAAUCAUGGAAUCCCCCCUUGUCCAGGUUUAUCAUAACUUACAACAGGUUUUUGAAGAAAGUUUCUUGCAUUCACACCUCACAAACCAAUAUGCUAUUGUUGACAUGACACAGAAAUUUGAAAAGCUCUGUAGGUACAUAGCACAGCACUCCCCACAU